CCGUCACGUUCCCCUAAAUAAAAUCUGUAGCAGAUCCCACUGCUUUUACCCUAAAAUUACUUCAUUCCAAGCAUGUCUCCCACUCAAUUCCGCCUGAUAUUCAGCGUCCCCCCCACCGGCCUUGCGGCCUGCAAAGCCGCCAUAUUUGCUGCCGGGGCUGGCCGCUAUCCCGGUGGGAAGUAUACCGAGUGUUGCUGGACCACUGCUGGAACGGGCCAAUUCCGCCCCGGUGAUGCUGCUAACCCACAUAUUGGGACUGUGGGGGCCUUGGAGGAGACCCCAGAGGUCCGGGUUGAGACGAUCUGUGUGGGAGAAGAUGUUGCACGGCAGGCUGUGGAGGCGUUAAAGAGGGCUCAUCCAUACGAGCAGCCGUCGUAUAGUGUUUUUCGAAUGGAGGAUUUUUGAACAUUUGUACUGGGAGUGCGAGUUGUGUAUUGAGCGGCUUAGAAGGGUGGAACCGAGUAUUUGUAUCCAGUUUCUGUAUAUAACGUCUCACCUUGUCACUACUUGCGAUCUUUGUGGCUGAUUUCGCCGGCUGUCGAAAGGGUAUACGAUGGCUCACAUUCUCGCUUCACAGUAAAACUCAAGAAUUGGGGAUUAGUAUAACCUCCUACCUUCAACUGGAUCCUUUUGUCUGCCCCUACCAGCUAGUGCAACGC